GCUCUGCUCUACUGUGUACACUCAAUUGAACCCUUGUUUAAGUGUCGAGUUGAGUGCACAUCAUCGCUCAGCCACAACGGGACAGCAGCUAGAAACCGAUCGCGCCCUCGUCGAUCGUCAGUAGCCGUUCAGUCGUCGCCUCAAAAACACUCAACGGUUAAUUUUGUUUUAUUUCACCGCGUCGCAUUCCGAUUCCCGAAAGAUCCCAAAUGACUCCUCGCGGUGACCGGCGUUUGCCUCUGUUGCUACUGCUGCUGAUAAGCAUUUGCGUUGUUCCCUACGAAUGUAAGAAAUCCCCCCGACCGCGACCAUCAUCGCGCUUCUCGGAACCGACCGAGCCACAACCGACUCAGGAUGAUCAAUUUGACUGGCAGCUAAUCAAGUAUAUGCUUCGUCAAAGCAGUCGCAAUGUGGUUUUGUCAACUUUCUCCGCCAAAUAUCUUCUCAACAUGUUGUAUGAAGGCACCAGCAUCUACUCGUCAACUCAGCAAGAACUGAAUGAGCCGCUGAAACGCAGCCCAGAUGUUCAUGAAACACCGAAAUGUGUCGGAAUCAUGCAAGCCCUUGCGAAGAAUGCCGACCAGUUUUUGAUCAGCAGUCGAGUAUUCGCCGACAGCCAGGUGGCCGUAUCUCAGAAGUAUACGACAAUCCUGGAUAUGCAGUAUAAUGCCAGCAUUGACAACGUUAACUUCCAGCAAUCAGAAAAGGCUGCUGAGACAAUCAAUAACUGGGUUUCGAACAGUACACGAGGAAUGAUACCACAGUUGGUCAGGCCUGAAAACAUCAAAGACACCGUCCUGUUACUGGUGAAUGCCAUUUACUUCAAGGGACUAUGGGUCAACGUUUUCCUACCAAGUGCUACCACAGAGCAACCGUUCACUACCGCAUCUCGUAAAACCGUUCAAGUCCAAUUCAUGAAGCAAAUUCAGGAACACUACUUCGUUGAUUCCAAAGUACUCAAGGCACAACUCGUUCGACUGCCGUACUCUGACGGAAGAUUCUCAAUGAUUAUUGUACUGCCAAACGAAAACAGCAGUCUGAGCGAGCUCUUGAACAUAAUCUCAUCUGAUUCUCUCAAUGCAGCUAUCAGAGACAUGGAAGAGGUCGAAGUGAACCUUCAAUUGCCACGAUUCCGCAUUGAUUACGAUAGUUCCCUUAAGACAGCACUACAGGAGCUGGGAAUCAACCGCAUCUUCCAAGACAACGCCGAGCUUGGCUUGAUCUUCCGAGGUGGUCCAGUGCCGGCCAAGGUGUCCGAUGUGCUGCAGAAAACCGUAAUAGAAGUCGAUGAGAAGGGAAGCGCAGCCAGUUCUGCUUCGGGGUCUGCACUGGUGUUCACGAUUGCCAGCGAACCGGAGCUGUUGGUGGUGAAUCGUCCGUUCCUAUUCUUUAUAGAGGAGGAAUCGACUGGAACGGUGGUGUUUGCCGGAAAGGUGGAGAAUCCAGCUCAGUGAUUGAUGGAUGGAAGACGAAGUCAUGCUAGUGCGAGCGAUUGGGUGCUUUGUAAGACCAACAUUAGCUCAAACAAGUUUUAAUAAACAUUAUUAUAGUG